AUGUCUGUGGCUGCGACGAGGGUGUCUCCCUUCUCGGCCGGACUGCGGUUUUCCAGUAAAGGUGCUGAGGAUUCUGCUUUAGACACCGCCGCCAAUAAGAAGAAGGGCGUCUCUCAUGGAGGACCUCAAUCAGUUGAUCGAGCAGCACCAAGGGAAGAGAUCCGAUGCUUCGAGUCUGAGGAAGAGCGGCUUCUGUGGAAAGCCGGCAGACUGCGUCUCAGCAUCGAAACGGACUUGAUCAGACGACAGGAGGCAGUUGAAAAGGCUGUUCGGCACGGUCGUCGGCAACUAAUGCAACUACAGCGCCUCUUACCGACUAUGGCCUUCCUGGUUUUUCGACAGAAGUGUGCCGCGUGGCAUGAUUGGGUGAACCUCUUCGAAGAACUUGUGGUGCAUGCCAUUCUGAAGAACGCUGUGGACAGUGCCGUGCGCAGUGGUGAGGUGACAGAGCCCGGUCGAUGGCGGAAGUCGAAUCAAUGGCCGACCAUCACAAAUCUUUUGCAGUUGCAGCUCCAUUUGUGCUUCACUGUCAGCUGCUGCACUGCCGUACAGGCCAUUGCUUCAGAUCAGUUGAGCUGCGAGACGUGUGCGGUUUAUCGCCAUCUGGCUGCUUUAUGGGCGGAUCAUCAAGAGCGUGUUCUAACACAUGGCUUUCUUGAUCGCUAUUACACAUUAAGGGACGUUUUGCAUGGCUGGGGAAAUGGCUGGUAUGCGCUAGCGCGGUGUGUGGACGAAGAUGAUAACAUCAGGUCUACGCCGGGCAGUCCUCUGCCGAGUGAAGUAUCCGACUCGUGUGCUUGCCCUUUUUCUUCGUGGGAGAGUCUCUCUGCUGUGGAUCGCCUCACUAGCUACUCGAAAAUGUGCCCUCGCCACCUCACCGAGGACGUGGUUCAGUCCUUGGAGACACUGUUGGUCACGUACUUUGAGGACGUGUGGUUCUAUGUGGAGUCAGUCAUCAGCGGCGCAAGGAAGUAG